GAAAUUGGCGACAGAGAGGGAGAAGCACGCGAUUAUGCAAGCUUAGGAGACAAUAUGAACGAGUUUCAAAUAUUUUGCGACCUCAUAGUUUUGAAGCUGGCUCUGUUUAAUCAUAAAGAAGCGUUCAGGUAUCUUUAUCAGUGUAUUAAAAAAUACGAAAAACUGCGAGACUUCAUUAAGCAAACGAUUGCUUCAAAAUAUCUUUUUUGGAAAAGCAUGGUGUUUUUCCUUAUGAGAUGCUCAGUAAAAUGCUUUCUGACACUGGGGAUUCUAAAUAUGCUCUUUACGUCGAAGAACUCAGACGGGCAAGAGCUCUGGCGGACUUAAUGGCUGCUCAAUAUUCUAUUAUGCGGCCCCAGUUCUCAGGCGAUCUCCAAUCAUGGUGUGACAUCCAGGAUAUCAUUAGAAAGGAAGCCAGUUGUAACUGUCUUUACCUUUCAAUUCAUGAUGAAGAUGUACGGAUUUGGAUUCUCAAAACAAGCGGAGAUAUUCAUUUCCGCAGACCGCAGACAAUAGAUUCGGAUAAUUUUGGAAAUUCCGGGUCAGUUCCUAACCUGAAAGCGCUUUUUUCGGAGAGUUUCCGCCACUUUGCCAUUCUACCCGGAGAUGUUUGCGAAGAUCGCUCUUUAAAUGACGAACGUCUUCUAAGAUCAUCUGACGAUAUCAACCGAUCGCCUUUGGCACACAAGAAAGCUGAUGAUAUGGAAAAAGAGCUUCGUUGGUGCUACGAAACAAUCGUCACUCCCGUGGCCGAUUUAUUGAAGGAGCCUGAAGUUAUUAUCGUCCCUGACAGCUGCAUGUACCAAGUACCAUUCGCAGCCUUGCUUGACGAAGAAGGAGGAUAUUUGUUUGAAAAGUUCAGAAUCCGUAUCGUUCCUUCUUUGAUGACCCUCAAGCUUAUUAAGGACAGUCCUCCAAACUAGCACAGUCAGAGUGGGGCUCUCAUAGUGGGUGAACCUGAGGUGAGCAAAGUGAUUUACAAUGGACAACCGAUUAUCCUCAAGCCAUUACCAGGUGCAAGAAAAGAAGCUGAGAUGAUUGGAAAAAUGCUUGGCGUUUCUCCAUUGUUAGGGAAACAUGCAACAAAGAAGGCGGUUAUUGAACAGAUCAAGUCAGUUGAGCUGAUACAUUUUGCUGCUCAUGGAGAUCCCGAGAGAGGAGAAAUCGCACUUUGCCCUGUUCGUACUACUAAUGAUAUUCCAAAGAGAAGAAUACCUUCUGACGAUGGCUGACGUAUCAAAAGUUCAACUUCGAGCUAAACUGGUUGUUUUAAGCUGUUGUCACAGUGGACGCGGAGAAAUUAAAGUCGAAGGAGUCAUUGGAAUCGCUCGAGCGUUCUUAGGAUCCGGUGCUCGCUCGGUGUUAGUGGCACAGUGGGCCCUGGACGACGAAUCGACAGAGCAGUUCAUGAAUCAUUUCUACGAACACUUGUUUGGUGUUGAAAGUGCCAGCGAAUCUCUUCACGAGGUCCGAAAGUGGAUGAGAGAUAAUGGCUUUCCCGAAGAGAAGAAAUGGGCUCCUUUCAUGCAGAUUGGCGAUAAUGUCACUUUGAGGAAAGAAGACAUAAUAUGCAAGGUUCAAAACUGAUUAGGAAAUCCUUAGAGACUGAGUGAAGCUGACUUCUUUGAAGAUCCUCAUCUUUGUCUCUACUGUAUGAAACGGAACUUUUCGUGUGAUAUAACACAGACAUAUUUUGCAGUUGAGCAGUAAAUAGAAUUUUGGGUUUCCUCCUUAGCAGAAAGGCAUGCUCCUCAUUUAGAUAUUAGGAAUAGUUUUCGUUAGAAGCCGUCCAUUAUAUUUACAGCCCGAUCAAUCAAUAUUUUUGAAGAACGAAUUAUCUUUUGAAUAGACGUCUAACGAAAAGACUAUUGUUGUGAUUAUGAGCCGCUAACUAUGUUUAGCCUUUCUUAAAAAGAAAAAAGUCAGUCAUGUGGAUGUUUAGGAUACUGAUUUUUCAGGAAAUGUUUUCAUUCUUUAAACAAAAGGUCUUCACAGAGUACCAGACUUGCAAAGGCUGGAACGCACUUUGGAACUGAUAUGUCGAAAAGGGAUCGUUUAUUUAUUCAGCCAGUCAUUGGAGACUUUGGAAAACUUCGGAAGUUAGCCCCAGUCAUAUAUAUCAAUUAUGGGGCAAAAAAUGCGGUCGAGGAUACUUCUUUCUGGGCAGCUGCUCUUGUCAUUCAUUAUUAAUUUUAUAGUCGAAUGUGAAGUGUUAAAACCAAUCACGAUUAAGACGUCCAAUUUUUUGU